CGGGGAGGGCUCCGGGCCGGGAGAACGGCGGCGCCCCCGGGCUCAGGCCAUGCGGGCGCCGUCGGGCGAGGGUUCCUCGGAGCGCUCCGAGCGCUGCCUGGGCUGAGCGGAGCGCCGCGCCCUCCCGCGGGCGCCAUGGCCAAAGAGGAGGGCAAGGCGCUGCUGGACGCGCUCAGCAAGGUGACCGCCUGCUACCGGCACCUGGUGCUGACCGUCGGGGGCGCGGCGGACUCGCAGGAGCUGCGCGAGGAGCUGAGGAAGACGCGGCAGAAAGCCCAGCAACUGGCGGCAGCCACCAGGACCAAGCUCACGGCCGCCCUGCGGGACAAGACAGUCGGUCCGGAGGACCGGGCGGAGUUCGAGCGCCUGUGGGUCAUCUUCUCCGCCUGCCUGGAGACCCUCGAGGGCGACAUGCGGCGCGCCCUGGAGCUGGGCCAGGCGUUCCCCCUGCACGUGCCGAAGAAGCCGCUCAUCCAGACGGGUUUGAGCGGCAGCACCUCCGGCGUGGCCGCCCGGGCCAUGAGCGUCCAGAACAUGAAGUACGACGCGGAGCCCGACAUCGACGUGGUGGAUCUGGCGGACCUGGAGCACGAGAUCCGCGAGGUGGGGGAGAUGAUCUACGAGAUGGAGAUGAAGGUCAACGUCCCCCGCUGGACGGUCGAGGCCAAGCAGGAUCCGGGCGCGGAGCUGAACUCCACCAUCAGCGUGGGCGCCUCUUCGCUCGGCGUGAUCUCGGUGGAGAACAAAGCCUUCUGCGACCUCAGCAAAGUCCUGGCCGGCGGCGUUUUCACGGCCGUCCUGCUGGUCGCCAUCGUCCUGGCGGUGUGCGUAGCCAAACUCUCCUAGGGUUGGGAGAGUUUCGGAGAGCGCGUUUUCCGAGCUACCACAACCGUCUUAACCAGGCUGGAUGCGCUUAAAUGGUGUUUUAGCGCUAGAGAACGAACACUCGAUCCAGGAGAGACCUCCGUUGGGGGCUGUGUGUUGGUGUGUGUGUGUGUGUUGGGGGGUGUGUGUAUUAAAAAGCCUGCUGGCUGGGCCUUCCAUGGUUAAUAAUGUGUGGGUAUUAUAACUACCAUAGUAGGGAUUUGACUGCUAUUUAUAGAAGACUGUUCUCAGGAUCUAGAACGGAAAUACUGUUUGUGAUUAAGCUGGGAUGGGGGUUCAUGUUUACAAACUGGUAACAAUUUGCACAUGGUUUGGAGAGGGGAGUGAAUUAGAUGGCAAGAUGGGAGAGGCUCAGAAAGUGAUUUAAAUAUAAUGGGCAUUGUCUCUAAGGCUGAGGAAGGUGCUCCCUCUGAAACAUGUCAGUUCCAUUUUCCCUAAACCAGGUUUGGCUGGGAAAGGGGUAGGGAUGCUGGAGGAGAACCUCAAGGGACAGAAACUUGUGAAUGAUGUAACCGAACUUUUUGUUACUUUCUGCAGUAUAAAAGUCCAGAUUUACAGAAGAAAGCUUUAAACAGAAUUUAGAGAAAAGGAAUUCUUUUCAGCUUUCUAUUCUUUAACUUCAGUUUCGAAGGAGGAGGAGAAAAAAAACUUAGUAGUUCAGGUUCUUAGUUCUGUGCUAGCCAACUUUAAACACUUUACACAUAAGUGUAAAUCAUUGUUUUCCUUCUUGAAGUCUAUUGCUGUACUGCUGAAUCCCAUGGAACUCAGUGAAAUUUAAUUCUGAAUGAAUAUGCACCAGAUGACAGCGCAGUUUCUUCCAGCUAAUGUUUUGUGCACUGAAGCUGGGAUUUGUGUUGUACUUGAGCUAAAAUAAGACAAGAUCUUCAACAUGGUUAGGAUCUUAGACAGGACUUUCUCCCCUGUGUUUAGGGCUGGAGAUUUAAUCCACAGGGCUCCCAAGGGAAGCAAUUCCAUUUAAUUAGGCAGGAGGAGAUACUAAAAACUCUUAACUUCUUUAACAGCAAUUCUCUUAAUAAACUCUAAAACAGAGAAGUAAGGUUUUAACAAUAUCAUCCCAUGCAUGUUUAUUCAUUAGUACAUGAGAACACUGUGGGACUCAGCAUUCUGAGUAAACAUGUUUCUAUAUCCAUCCUUUAAAAGUUGUGUAGACUGAGUUAAUUUAAAAGAUGGUUUACAACUGAGAUUUGAAGCUGUGUAAACUUGAUGUGUACAAGUCAGUGAAGACAUGAACCUUAACACUAACCAGUUUGGUCAAGUGGUUGAGGCAACGGGCUAGAGACCAGGAGGCUGAGAGUUCUAGUCCUGCCUUAGGCAUGAAAGCUGGCUGGGUGACCAUGAGCCACUCCCUCUCUCUCAGCCCAAGAGCCAAUCAGGCGUGGUGUGAGACUUCUAGUCCCGCCUUAGGCACGAAAGCUGGCUGGGUGACCAUGGGCCACUCCCUCUCUCUCAGCCCAAGAGCCAAUCAGGCGUAGUAGGAGAGUUCUAGUCCCACCUUAGGCAUGAAAGCCGGCUGGG